AUACAAAGCCACAAUGGUUUUUCAAAAAGCUAAAAGAUCUUGGUAAAAUAAAGGAAAAACUUUUAGAACUCCCUAUAACUGACCCAUUUUAUUGUUUCAUAGUAAAUUUCAACAAUUUAGCAUUUAAAAAGUAUAAUCCAAAUUUUGAACCUUCACCUCAAAUAGAAUUAAAUUCUAAUUUAGAAGAUUUAUACCAAAAUUAUUGUAAACAAAUUAUGAAGUCAUGUCCUGAACAUCCUGCAAAGUAUAUUGUCGAACAAAAAAGGUGGCAUCAUCAGCCACUAUUUGGAUUAUCUUCAUCUGCUUUUAAUCAAGCCCAGGAAUAUUUUAAUGAUAUUGAGGUUACAGAAGAAAAUAUUAUUUUUGAUGAAAUUAUAAAUAAAGAGAAUGAAACAAAUUAUCUUCAGCCAAUUGGAAAUUCUGAAUCCUACUAUGAUGAUAUACGUGUUUAUCCUCGAAAGAUACAGCUUAUAUUAUUACAUUUUAAUUCAGAAAAGCUUCGAUUCUCUUGGUUGGCACGUGAAGAGAUUAUUCCUACCUCUUUUGAAAACCAUGAUGUGGAAUCAAUAAUUGAGAUCUAUUUAAUUGUAAAAGAAAUCAUGAAAGAAAAUUAUGAAGUAAUUUUAAAAAUAAUACAAGAAAUAGAAAGGAAUUUUUCUCAAGAGAGAUCUAUUCAGUCAAUUGAAUAUCUUAAGAAAGUUAUUUGA